AUGCACAGAAUUCGAAUCGUAAAACGGGUAGAUCGGUUGUUUUCUCAGCGACUUCCGCCGACCUGCGUCGCCAUACAUCACCAGGCCGGAUCCUGCCGAAUGAAAUCUGGAACAUCAUCCACUGACCAAGACGAGAAGCUUCAUCCGAUAUUCUCGAAGACCAAGCCAGCACCAAUACCGUCAUUCAAGACGGAUCCAUACCCGAUCCCCCUCCAGAAUCCAGCCCAUCCUACCACCCAAAAGGAGGCUAAGACUAGCGUCAACCAGGAAAUUUAUCACCAAAUCGACCAAUUGAAACAGCUCGAAGACCAGCAUGCUGAAUCCUACAACGACAGUCUGUCGGCAUCCACUAUCGAUAAGCUCCGUGCUCGAUUGGUCUAUCAAUCCCGUAAACGUGGAAUCGUCGAAAUCGAGCUCCUCCUGUCCACUUUCAUCGAGACUCAACGAUGGCUGAAAGAUUGGGAUUUGAAGCAAUUAACCCAAUACAGUCGUUUGUUGAUGCUACCCGACUGGGACUUAUACUAUUACUUGGUCAAGAAACAAGACCCUCCUUCGGAGUCCGAGUUCUUCAAAUCUGAUCUGCUCGACCAAUUGCGCAUCCAUACUUCGAACUCCAACAAAACCGUCCGGAUCAUGCCCAGCUUGGAGUCCUGA